UCGGUGGUUAUCAUUAUCAUUUCUGACUUAACGGUGCGGUUUAAAAUUUUGUGAAGAAAUAAAAAAUUAGGCGAUUUUAUUAUGAUAUGUGAAGUGAAAUGGUAAUGCAAAUAAGUUAGUAUUAAUAAGGUUAUUUAGAUCAAUAACGGUUACAUACUAUAUUGUUUCUGAGUAAUCUACUCAACGAUAUGGCGGACGACGACUUUAGUAAGUUAUUACAAGAAGCUGAACAGUUAACAACUGAAAUAGAAGGAAAUGAAGAGCUUCCGAGAGUUGAACGGUCUCUUGGUCAAGUCUUGGAGGCCUCGCAUGAGUUAUAUUCCAGAGUUAUACAAUCUGGAGCAAAUGAUAUCCAAGCACAUCUCCUAUUUGGCUCUAAAGGCAUAGAUCUUCAACAAAUAUCUCAGAAGUUAGAGACACUUAGUUCAAAGCGCACAUUUGAACCACUUCAACCUAUUGCUGAUUCAGAUGUGGAAAGUUUUUUGAAAAAUGAAAGGGAAAAUGCUAUUUUAUCACUCAUUGAUGAGGUUAAUAAAAAUUCAUUGCAAACAACAGAAGAUCAAAAAUGGGAGCAUAUGCUUUCAGAGUGGAAUAAAGAGAAAACAAAUCUAAUGAAUGCUAUGAUAGGACCUUCGCAGAACUGGUUAGAUCUUAAAAAGACACCGGAGCCUCCAAGUAUUGCUGAUGCUCCUAAAAAGUUUGGUCAUUCAAUGCUGGACAGUGUAGAGGCUGCAUAUGCUCGACAAAUCCAACAGUACAAUAAAUUGAUAUUCCAAGGAUCUAAGCCUAGGACAGCAUUGCACCAGAAAUUUGCACAAGUGGCUGAGGAGCUGAAUGAAACGAAAGUAAGAGAAAUGUGGGAGAUUAUAAAGACAAUGACCAACAUACCUGCCAUUGUUAGAGAUGAAGAUCCACUCAAAGCUAGAGGCAAUCCAGCAAUUCAACAAUGUCUAAUAGCACAAGGCAAGAAAUAUUUGGAAAAAAGAUACAAACAAUAUAUGAGUGAUGUGGUGCGAGCAAACCCUGCUGCAGCUAUGAGAGGUGGAGAGCCUGGCACAUAUCCAUUGGUACGAGGCUUUGUAGGGCUUCGUUUACAAGGACAAGGCAGCCAAGGUCUUGCUGAUGGUGUAGUUGACGACCGACCACUCUGGCCCAUGAUAUACUACUGCCUUCGAAGUGGAGAUGCCAAUGCUGCCUUACAUUGUUUACGGAAAGCAGGACGUGAUCAUGAAGAAUUUAUAUCAGCACUAGAAGAGCACAUCAGGAAUCCGGAAAAAGCCUUAAGUGACAAACUACAGACAGCCAUUAACUUUCAAUAUAGGAUACAAGUUAGAAAUUCAACUGAUCCAUAUAAAAGAGCUGUGUACUGUGUAAUUGGUUGUUGUGAUGUGAGUGAUGAGCAUUCAGAAGUGGCUCGUACCGCUGAUGACUACCUCUGGAUGAAGCUGUCCAUAAUUAAGUCUCGUCCCAACAACGAGCCAGUUGCAUUCACAUAUUCUGAUCUGCAGAAGCUUAUCUUGGAGGAAUAUGGUGAAACUCAUUACCAUGCCUAUGAAAAACCUUUAGUGUAUUUCCAAGUGUUGAUGUUGACUGGACAAUUUGAACCAGCUCUUGAGUUUCUAUCUAGAAUACCAAGGUAUCAAGUACAUGGUGUUCAUAUGGCCUUAGCACUUCACGAUGUAUAUAUGCUGGGCACACCGAGGAAUGUACAAGCUCCCUUAUUAUCUGUUGACACAGAUGAUCCAAACCCACUGCGUAGAUUGAACUUGGCAAGAUUGUUGCUACUCUAUGUGAGAAAGUUUGAACUUUCUGAUCCAUCUGAUGCCUUACAUUAUUACUUCUUUUUAAGGAACUUGAAAGAUCCCAGUGGCAAAAACUUAUUCAUGUGCUGUUGUACAGAUCUUGCAUUAGAAAGCAGAGACUAUGAAUUGUUGUUUGGCAAAAUGGAUCCUGUUACAGGAUUAUGCAGUCCUGGUUUACUGGAUGAGUUUAAUAAUCCUCAUAUUGAUAGUAAGGUUAUUGCAUUAAAUGUGGCAGAGCAGUUAGUUAACAAAGGACUCUUUGAAGACGCUAUCACAGUGUAUGAUAUUGCUGGGAAUAUGGAGAAGGUUCUGGAGCUGCUGUGCGUGUUGCUGGGCCAGGUGGUGAACAGCGGUGGCGGGGGCAGCGGCGGCGGGCUGCGCGCGCGGCUGUCGCUGCUGGCGGAGCACGUGUCGCUGCGCCUGCGCCACGCCGACACGACGCAGCUGCCCGCAGCCUUGCUGGAGGCGUACAACAAACUCUGCAAACUAAUGACCUUCUUCGAUCACUUCCAUAAUGAUAACUUUGAAGGGGCUCUUGAGUCGUUACGCGAGUGCGAGGUGGUGCCGCUGAGCGCGGGCGAGCUGGAGGCGCGCGUGUCGGCGGCGCGGUGCGCGCGCGGCGAGCUGCUGCGCAGCCUGCCCGCCGUGCUGCGCGCGCUCUGCCACAUCCUGCUGGCGCAGCGCCAGCGCCUGCGCAACGCACACGCACACAACCUGCCCAUGCACACCAACAAGCAAGUGGAAUGGCUGCGAGAACAGGCUGAAGUCCUCAACACGUUUGCGGGCAACAUUGCGUACAGAAUGCCAGGCGAUACUUACAGUCAAUUAGCACAGAUGCAAAUACUGAUGCAUUGAUAAUAAAUCCAAUUAAAAAUAUUAAAUAAACUUUUAAAUAAUUGAA